AUGCAGAAAAAACAACAAAGUCCUUAUCUAUCCAAAAGAUUUGAAAAAUGUGGGGAGGAGAACUGCGGAAUGGAAGUUCGGCACGAUAAACCACAUGAACACGCAGCUGCUCGUGGACACCUAUGCUGCUGCUUCUCAGCGUGCAAAAGAAAAAAAACAACUCUUAGAAAAGCAGGAACAAGAUGCAAAGAAAAAAUUAGCAGAGGAGAAAAAGCAGGAAGAAGAGAAAGCUCGACUGGCAGAGGAAAAAAGCAGGAAGAAGAGAAAGCUCGACUGGCUGCGGAGGUAAAGCAUGAUGAAGAGGAAGCUCGAUUGGUGGCGGAGAAAAGGCAGGAAGAAGAGAAAGCUCGACUGGCUGCGGAGAAGAGGCAGGAAGAAGAGAAAGCUCGACUGGCGGCCGAGAAAAGGCAGGAGGAAGAGAAAGCUCGACUCGCGGCGGAGAAAAAGGAAGAAGAAGAGAAAGCUCGAGUGGCGGCGGAGAAAAAGCAGGAAGAAGAGAAAGCUCGACUGGCUGCGGAGAAGAGGCAGGAGGAAGAGAAAGCUCGACUCGCGGCGGAGAAAAAGGAAGAAGAAAAGCUCGAGUGGCGGCGGAGAAAAAGCAGGAAGAAGAGAAAGCUCGAGUUGGAGAAGAAGCGAGCCCAGAUGCGACCGUCAAGCUCUACCUCUGGCGGCGAAAGUAUUACGCCUUCUCAUCGUGAUAAGAGAAGUAGGGAGAUGAUGGAUCACCCUACAGACCUCACUCCACCAACUUCAGUAAUCGAGAAAAAUUAUGAGGGACACGAUGGAGCUAUGUCAUACGAUAAUGAACAACGAAGGACCCAUACAUCUCCACGGUCACCACCAAGAAAGAAACAGGCUGUUGGAGAAGAAGACGAUGCUUUAAAUAAAGCAUAUAUGGAUAGCAAAUUUCAGCAGCUCAAACAGCACUUUGAAGAACUUAUCAAGGAAAACCGCCAUGAAAGUGCUCCAGGGCCUGGACGAAAGGUAGCAGGGACGCAAACGAAAUCAAGCGAUACCGUCUCGAAAGUUACUGAGACGACGGAGUGGAGACAAGCUGCUGAAAAGUACGAAGAUGACAAAAAGCUGGCUAAGUAUGCCAGGAGCCAGGAAGAAUUAUGCAACCAUCUUCCUCACAUCAAAUCGCAAUAUGCGAGUGAGACAGCCAAGGACAUGAACGAACCCGACGGCUUAUAUUGUUCCACUUGUCUCCCAGAUCCAAAAGAUGACAUCGCUGUUGCGGGGCAAACCUCAGCCCCAAGCCGAUUUACGUUAGGAAAAAAAGGGGAAAUGAAAUGA